GUCUCUUGAUGUGAAUCUUGCGGCUGUGCUUCAUGUAUCCCAGAUUGUUGCUCGGCAGAUGAUUGCCCAGGGAACGCCGGGUGCUAUUGUGAACGUCUCUAGCCAGGCAUCUCAGCGUGCUCUGCGGGAUCACGCUGUUUACUGUUCCACAAAAAGCGCUUUGGAUAUGCUGAGCAAGGUAAUGGCAAUGGAACUGGGACCCCACAAGAUCAGGGUGAACACUGUGAACCCCACAGUGGUUAUGACUGACAUGGGGAGACUUAAUUGGAGUGACCCUCAGAAAUCUGCUGCCAUGAUUAAUCGGAUUCCGCUGGGAAAGUUUGCAGAGGUGGAUGAUGUGGUGAAUGGCUACUGCAUAGAUGUAAACUGGAUAGAAAACAAGGACACGGACCCAGUCUUGCUGGAGAAGAGGGGCAGCAGGGCUGUAAUCUGCAUGAGAUGUGAGGCAGAAAGUUACCUUUAG